AUGGCCUCCCUUAUGUCGAGAUCCAUGAGGUGGUCUUCCCCAAAUGGGAUACUGGCUAGAACAGAGGAUACUCGGCACACUCCGAUGCUCGGCCUAGGACGUACAAAGCAGCUGGAACGCUCGAGGCUUGCCCUGCGUGAGGCCUUUUGGAACAUCCGUGCCUCGGAUUUUGCGGACCGAUCGCCUCGCAGCUUCGAGACUACCGACGGCUCUAACUGUGUGACGACAAGCUGCUUCCGAGACAGGUGGACGUGGAGUUCACGGAUCUCAGAUGAAUCCCGCUGA